GAUGGCGCUUAGAGAGGAAAAUCAAAGUUUUAUCACGUGACCGACCGGUUUCGGAAUUGGGGCGUUGGCCCAUGAUUAUCGUGCUUGCAUGCAAAUUGUUGUUGGUUCUUCCCAACACAAUUUCCUCCAACUUUUCGGAAGUUGGAAUUCUUGAAAGCCACCUAAACAUUGAUUGAAUCAGUGCAGCUCUCAAACUUAAGUUCUCAGUUCGAUACUCUUGGAAACUGUUCAGACACGGCAGUAAUGUGAAGCCCUGAUCUAAUGCUGAUCGAUCAUCAACUGAGUGGUUCUAUGAGGGAGUCGGCCGCACUUACAGAUGUUGUCUGAAGAUUUCUCCCGUUGAUUGCAAAGUUUGCCUUACUCUGUUACUGGGCCACAGUCAUGUUUUUGUCUUCUCUUCACUGGUAACAAGAAGAGCCUGCGAAGUGCUCACACAACAUGUGAAACAUGAGUCUUAGUAGGCGAGUGUACUAGUUCCAGCACUUCUGAUUUGCUCUUAUCGACGAUAGUCAUCUAAAUCUCUCAUUGUGUUUUCAUUCGGUUUCUAUAUAUAAAGUUUUUUGUCUUCUUGGAGCUUGUCCAGAUAAGGAAAAUUUUCCGAAUGCUUCGAUCUAAAUACCUGUCCAAGCACUCUAUGCAACUCUAAAUUUGCGACCAGUGUUCGAAUGACCUUUCAAAAUAUAGUUGGGAUGAUUGUUCCUGUUGACGAUCGACAGCAUAGACUCAUCCAAUAAGUCCAUCCUCACAAAUCUUCCUGAUUAAGCAACAGCAUCGCCUGGCUGAUAUACAGCUGGUACUAUCACCGGGGGUGUCUAAUCAAUUUGAUUCAUUUAUUCCAAACAAGAAGUCCCGUUUGCGUUCUUACUAUUUGCUACUGUUUAUGAUAUAUCAUUGGCAUGAACUUGAGAUCGUUCGACGGAAAUCUUACUUAGUAGCAAUGCUACGCCUCUCUGGUGAUUUCAUGCAGAAAGAUAUCAUAUACAAAAUCCUGACCCGACUUCAUAAACUUUGCAAGCGAUGUCAUCGAGAUAUCUAAUGUUGUAUGCCCUGGAACGUCAUUAUGCCCUGCAAAUUUGGGUCUCAAUCUGAAAGUUUGUUUUCGUGGGGAAACAAUUAGGAGGAUGGCCUGGAUGGCAUAAUUAGUUACGCUCAGACCUUUGCAACGUUGAUCGUCUCAAGCUAUAUUCGUAUCUUAAUUGUCUCACAUGAGCAAUAAUUACAUAAGAUUUCCUCCAGCAGGAUAGCCUUACGAAUUUGCUUGGAAGAUUCUACGUGUUUCAUGGAUGGUUUGGCAUAGGAAUCUGAUUUUAUUUCACGUCUUAGUAGAACCGCCCUAAAUUAUUGGCAAAGAUUGGCACUACAUCUAAGUACAUUUCAAUCCCCAUACCAAAUUGAUUCUAUCGUAAUAUUGUCUCAUUCUCUAUCUACCAUGACUGCUUGUUUAUACCCUUGAAUUGGCAUCCGCAUCACGACAAAGCAAUAUUCCUCCGUCUCCUGAUAAAACACCUUCCUCAUGGAGUCAAAAAGCAGUCUUGAGGAUGUUUCCAUAGGGUCCCGAUUACUCCUAAUAUGUUGGCCCCUAUACGGGAUUUCCGGAAUAUUAAUAAUGCUGAGAUUGAUCGCCAAAGCCAAGUACCAUCUCGCAUUUGCUCUUGAGGAUCUCUUAGUUAUACUUGCUAUGAUUUCUGGCAUUUGUCAUAUAUCACUUAAUACUUGGGGUAUAUCCUUUGGAUUAGGGAGACAUAUUAUGUUUCUUACCGAGACACAAGCCGCGAUGGCUAUAAGAGCUGAAUUUAUCGGAGAGCCUUUCGGUAUCAUAUCACCAACACUCGGUAGAAUAUCCUUUGCCGUUUACCUCUUACGAAUCCUUGGACACCAGCAGAAUAUAAGACGAUUCCUCUACUUUCUCAUUGCCCAAAAUGCCAUCAUAAAUCUGAUGGCACUCAUACAAAUAUUCUUCGAGUGUUCCGAUAUUUCUUACAACUGGAAUCGUGUUGGACAUGAAGAUCAAUGUUGGUCCAUGGGAACCCAAGCAGCUAUUGGCUAUUUUCAAGGAUCAUCCAGUUCCUUGACAGAUCUCGUUCUCACAAUUCUACCGGUUGCAAUGGUCAUCAAUCUUCAUAUUCCCAUGCAUCUGAAGCUUCUGCUGUCAUUUCUAUUGGGAGUCAGCCUUUUUGCUUUUAUCGCGGCCGUCAUCAGGACCUACUGCAUAAUGGGCAGUAAUGAUGAUAUUACCUUCACUUCGGUUAGGUACAUCAUAUGGUGCGCAGUGGAAAACUGUACUGUCAUUAUAACGUCCUCGAUACCAUUUCUCCGACCCCUUUUCCGAUCAGCUCCUAAACCAUACAUCGAAGUCAAAAAUAGUCCCACCCCAAAGAUUAUACAACCCAACGAAAUCGAGUACAGAAAUUCAAGAGAAAUACUUGCGGAUCCUGAAGCCAUCCAGGAGGAAAUAGAUUAUUUGGGAGAUAAAAAGGAUGAUGUUAAUAUCGAGUCCCAUUCGCUCGUGUAGCCUGAAUAGAAAAUUGGCGUAUAGAAUAGAGGUUUUGGGAUACAUGAUGAGAUGAUUUAUGAUUUGGUAUAUGGGUGCGGUGGAGUUCAUGGUGCUUGGCGUUGGGUUAUCUCCUCUCUAUUGAUCGAGGUCAGUUCCUCGACAUACUGUCAGUACAGUACUGUUCAAUGAUGCUUAAAUGUAUACUAGUGCUACGUCGGCUUCUGUUUGAGCCUUAUAACUUGCUUCAGAUAUCCUUUUGAUGUCGAAGCUUUCUUUGAACAUAGAUUACCAAUUUGAACAUAAAAAAUAUUUUUCCAAUGAAAUAUAUGCAUUGGUAUGUCCAUCAAUUUUGUGAUUGAUAUUUUCCUUACUUUGAUUACGUUUCAA